AAGCAGAAACUUCAAAAAACACGACAGCAGCCAGCAAUCUGUCCUGGAAGUGAAAUGUCAAACGUGCGAGAUGAGAUUGUCGGCCGUCGGGAAUUUCCUUGCACAAGCGACCAAAAUUAGUUGAAUUCCCACUCAUCAAACCAUCAUCGUUUCGUUCCCGUUGUCCGGCAGCGUGCAGCGACCAUGAAAAUGCAACUUUUACGAUUUGUGAUAUGAAAAGGUCCAUCGACAGCGAAGAAAACGCGUUUUUCCGUGUGUGAACUGAAUCGCGCGUCUUGCAUUCUUCCUGAAUUUCGGAGCCGUUUCGCAGGCGAAUUAAGCACUCGCACAGGACGCAGGGAAGCUGCAUCUGUUUUUGUUAUUUUGCCCCAAGUGUUUGUUGUUGCGAGUUACAAUGGAAUCGAACAAUUUGGAUUCGAAGUAUCAGAAACUUGCAUCGGAAUACUCAAAGCUAAGAGCUCAAGCCAGUGUACUAAAGAAAGCUGUUAUUGAUGAACAAAACAAGAAUUCCAGUUUACGCGAAGUCUUACGCCAACGAGAAACAUCACUACGCCGGGCCGAGCAAGAAGUUGAUAGUUUAAGCUUUAGAAAUAAGCAACUAGAGUUACGUGUAGCGUCGUUACAAGAGGACUUCGAGAAAGAAGUAAAAAAAUCGACGAAAAACCAGAAGGUCAGUAAUAAAGUGAGAACACAUGAAAAUGUUGGCGAUGCCCUUAAUCAUUCCGAAACCAUACUUGCCGAAGAGUUGCAGAAGAAGAUAAUGGAGAAUGCCCAACUGACAUCACUGAUUGAUGACAAAAGCCGUGAUAUUCAACUACAAAGUGAUCGUAUAAAAGAACUAGAAACACAGCUAGCGAAACGAUUAAAUGAAGGCACUGAACUGGAAAGGAAACUACGACGGGAAAUCGACACUCUCGCAGCAAGAAAUUCAGAACUAGAAACAAAGUUAGUCGACGCGAAUAGUAUGAUUGGUAGCGAAGAUGCACUGAGUGCAUCCGGCAGUGACAAUACACCAUUGCAUACAAAUUCCACAUCCAGUGAAGAGCGAAUUGCAUUUCUAGAGAAAGAAGUGUUUCAUUGGAGGACACAAUAUGAAAUUCUGAAAAUAAGUGACGCGUUACCAUUUGAUAGGAGCAAGGAGAAAUUACAUAAUGGACCUUGUAGCUCGAAUCAUAGUGAUAGUAAAAUGCAAAAUGAAUCUAAUAAAGAGCAAUUGCCAAAAGAGCAGAUGUUAUAUGAUCACUUUAGUAAAAAGUAUGAAGAUUUGUUACGUGCAAAAUGCAUGGCUGAGUCAAGACUAACUUCAUAUUUAACGGAGUGCGAGAAUUUCCAAAACAACUUAGAUAACUUAAUGAAGGAGCUGAAGGAGAAAGACAUAGAACUUAAGGAAGCGCAAAGGAAUUUAGGAAUAGCAGAUGAAGAUUUGGCAACAACUCGAAUAAACUAUGAAGAACAAAUCAGCGUUCUCACCGAGCAAGUGAUAAGUCUGAGCGAACAAUUGGCGUCAUCAAAGUAAGUUCAUGUACGUUUCAUUUUCGUAUACGCUAUACGCUCUUGGUUCGCCAAAAUUCAACCAGAGAAAUGAAAAAAAAAUACCAACCAAAAUCAUCUUAAGAUAUCUGUAUCUACAAAUAUAUUUUGUGAAUUAAAAGUGAAUGAGA